AUGUCUUACAGCGACGUUGACGACAUGGGCGGUCACCAGGACGAAUACUCCGAUGACGACGAUGGCAACCUCGCCAUUUACCGACGUCGUGAAGCGUUAAUCAACUUGUUACGCUGCGGGCAUCAUAUCAGGACCGUGCCGAGCAACGACAAACAUGGAGUGAGCUUCGACUUUGACCUAACACGACCUCUACAGGUUGGCAAUCGGCGCUGGGCUCAAGUUUGGGAAGCCGUGACUUAUGAUUUUGAUGGAGACUAUCAGACCCUUGUUGUAAAGCUUUUCAUCGAUUCAUUGUUCCCAACUCCGGAAUCGCAGGGUUUCGACAUGGCAGGUACCUGGACCGCCGCUCGAUUGAGAGACAGCGAGUCGUGGGCAUACAACGCUUUGAGCGACCUGCAAGGGGGAUUGCUGCCGGUUUCCGGAGGCUUCUACGAAUUCGAUCUUGGAUUAGGGGAGCGAGCAUGCGGACAUGUGAUGGAGCUGAUCGACGGUCGGCGGCUUGAGCGUGACUGGGAGACAUUUGGGCAGCCGCAAUGGCACACCCUGGAGGCAUCGAGGGAAAGAGAAGCAAGGAUGGUAAAAUUUAUGGUGAUGGUGUCUGAGCUUCAUAAGCGAGGUGUGGUGCAUAACGACCUCAAGCCGUCAAACGUCAUUGUUCCCGACCACGACCCGGGAAGUUUUGUCUUCCUUGACUUCGCGAUCGCAAAGUCAAUUCAGCACCCAAACUUCAAGAACAAUCGUGAGGAGGAUCUGCUCUGCAUGAAGACGAUGCAUCUGGAGCAGCCGAGUGUUUGAGGGAGAUUGAGGACUAUGGAGUCGUGCUCAAGUGGAUUAGACGCCGCCUUGUCGACGUGCCUCCGCCAGACUGGGCACCGGUCUUCAGCCAGAAGAUCGUUAUCAACAGCCUCUCUUGCGGCGCAAAUUUUGUGGAACAGGAAAUGGUUGAGAUGGCUCGGAGAGCUGGGAAGCUCAGGGGGAUGAGCGAUGCGGCGGACCCAAUAUUGUAGCUAUGUUGU